CGGCGGGGCGCCUUCGGCCGCGCUCUGAGAGCGCGGCGGGGCAGGGAGUGAGCGGUGCGGAGCACGGACGUGCCGCCCGGCGCGGCGCGGAGCGGCGCGGAGAGAAGGGAGUGCGGCGCCAUGCGGGGCUCGGGGCUAGGGCUGGCGCUGGGGCUACUGCUGGGCAUGGCGUGGCUGGUGUGCGGGCAGAAUGAGACGGAACCCAUCGUGCUGGAGGGGAAGUGCCUCGUGGUGUGCGAUUCCAACCCCACCUCCGACCCCACCGGCACGGCUCUCGGCAUCUCCGUGCGCUCCGGUAGCGCCAAGGUCGCCUUCUCCGCUAUCCGCAGCACCAACCACGAGCCCUCCGAGAUGAGCAACCGCACCAUGAUAAUCUACUUCGACCAGGUACUAGUGAAUAUCGGCAGCAACUUCGACUCGGAGCGGAGCACUUUCAUCGCGCCAAGAAAGGGGAUAUACAGUUUCAAUUUUCACGUGGUGAAAGUGUACAACAGGCAAACCAUCCAGGUGAGUUUGAUGCUAAAUGGGUGGCCAGUGAUUUCUGCCUUUGCAGGGGAUCAAGAUGUGACCCGGGAAGCUGCUAGCAAUGGAGUCCUGAUUCAGAUGGAAAAAGGAGACAGAGCUUAUCUAAAACUGGAGAGAGGAAACUUAAUGGGAGGCUGGAAGUAUUCGACAUUCUCUGGAUUUCUGGUGUUCCCACUUUAAAUCACUUCUUAUCCAAGAAAAGGGAGAGAUCUCUUACAAAUUCACAAGUGGUAGCUGGGUUUAAAGAGUUGGGGACAGCAGAAUUUUUACAUUCAAAUAUUAAAGAAGCUAAAUCCUGCUUAGGUUUGUGUACACCUGCUUUGAAGAAUUACUACUUAUUUUUGUUGUGUUGCAGCCAACAGGUGGGAGAUGCUAUAAUUGAUCAACCCCCCAUUUAUAUUCUCCCACAAAAUUGGUUCCCAUCCCUGUGUCAUUUGUGUAAUUUGCCACCAUUUCCCCAUGGUUUCUGCCUCAUACGAGUAGACUUUAGAUAUUUCCAUUGUCCUUUACAGCAUAUUUUGUAGUUUUGUUUUUAAAACAUGUUAAUCUUGACUCUUUCUCUGAGUUUAACUUUUAAAACAAAACAAAAAAGAAAAAGUAUUUUUGAAUACAUGGAUGCCACGAUGGAAGGGAAAAUGCAAUUCUUGCUCUGUAUGGGCUGGCAAAGGGAAAAUUUCUACGUUAAGAACUAUUCACAGCCAACGCUGACUAGAGUAUUUCAAUAUUUCUAUGUAAUUCUGAGUGAUUGUGAAAUUUAAGGCUGCUAAAUGUUUUGAUGCUUGUUUUGCUCUUGUACCAUGUGGCCCAACUAAAUACCAGGAAGUAUACUGAACUUUUACUAUUACUCCGUAAUAUAUGAGUGAAUAUAAAAAUUAAUUUUUCUUUAAUUCAAUAAAGUUUAAACGGCACUUUUA